GGCCUGGGGGAAUCAUGCUGUGAAAUGAAUUAAAGCCUGUUCUGAAACCUUCAGAACUGCCCUUCUCACCCUGCCAGGCUGCGGAAUAAUGUCCAUGUUUCGCUCCAGUUCAUCCCGUCCUCUCGUUGGACAGGGUAGAGAAAUGGCUGCAGAGGAGCCAGUUCAGGGGCCGGUGACCUUCGAGGAGGUGGCUGUGUAUUUCUCCAGGGAAGAGGGGACUCUGCUGGACCCCACUCAGAAAGCCCUCUACAGGGAUGUCAUGCAGGAGAACUUUGAGACGAUGGUCUUGCUGGGUAAGGAUUCCUGUCCCUUCUGUUCUUGGAAGGGGAAAUGAAGAGUGAAGGUUCAUGCCACCCCCACAAUGCCAUCUGUACCCUGUCCUGUUUCAGCAUCACCCCAAUAGGCCAGUGACACACAUACUACCGGAGACCCUCCUCUGCUGCAGAACACUUUGGGAACAGAGCACAGGAGCAGUAUCACACAAUGUCAAA